UUUAUAAAGGAAAAUACAACUUAAGGGUUCAAGAACGCAACUCCUCUCGUCUUCUUCUUCUUCUUCAGGGUGGAGUGUGAAACCUCUUCAUCACUGUGUCUCAGACGACGCUUACAACUUGGGAGGAUCGGGUUCUUGGUAUUGGAUAAGAACCCAGGGAUCGCAUAUUUAGGUUGAGUGCAUAGAGAAGAAGAGUAUGGCGAAGUUGAUGAUCAGAGUUCGGAGCAGGGAUGGGUUGGAGCGGGUCACAAUUGACACCCCACACGCCACAAUCGCUCAGCUCAAAUCGGAAAUCGAGGCCCAGCUCCGAGUUCCCGUCCAAUCUCAAACCCUAUCCGCCAAUCAAAACCUCCUGCUCGCCAAAACCCUAGACGACAUUGCCCGAUUCACCGACAUGUCCAAUCCACACGCCCCGCUCUCUUCCCUCAACAUCGCCCACGGCUCCAUCGUCUACCUAGCCUACGACGGCGAGCGCACCGUCGCCGGCCCCGCCUUCCACCCCUGCGGCUCCUUCGGGAAGAAGAUGACCAUGGAUGACCUCAUCGCCAAGCAAAUGCGCGUCUCCAGACAGGAAGACCCUCACUGCGAGCUCGUCUCCUUCGAUCGAGACGCCGCCAACGCCUUCCAGCAUUACGUCAACGAGACGCUCGCUUUCGCCGUCAAGCGCGGCGGUUUUAUGUACGGCACCGUGUCCCCGGAAGGCAAAGUCGAAGUAGAUUUCAUCUACGAGCCGCCGCAGCAGGGGACGGAGGACAAAUUAUUGCUCCUCCGCGAUCCCGAUGAGGAGAAGAUUGUCGAUGCGAUCGCCAUAGGGUUAGGGUUGAGGAAAGUGGGAUUCAUAUUCACACAGUCCGUUACUCAGGACAAGAAGGAUUACACCAUGUCCAAUUCCGAAGUUCUGCAAGCUGCUGAGCUGCACGGCGAGAGCGAGUUGAAGGAGUGGGUGACAGCCAUGGUUAAAUUGGAGGUGAACGAGGAUGGAGGUGCAGAUGUGCAUUUUGAGGCAUUCCAGAUGAGUGAUAUAUGUAUCAGAUUGUUCAAGGAAGGGUGGUUUGAAACUGAAGGCACUGAAGAUUUAGAUCCCAAGCUUUCGAGGAUGAAGAAAGACGUGGUUGUUGGGGUGAAGGAUACUAAAGAGGUUGACAAUGAUUUUUUCUUGGUUGUUGUUAAGAUUGCUGAUCACCAGGGCCCACUUACAUCGGCUUUUCCUAUUGAGAAUAGAAAUGUUCCUGUGACAAUGAGAGCACUGAAAAAUUAUUUUGAUCGAACAAAGAGUGUUCCAUUUGUGAAGCGAAUUUCAGAUUUUCACCUCCUCCUCUUGUUAGGACGGUUUUUGGACAUCAAUGCUGAUGUACCUGCAUUAGCUGAAUGUGUGCAAACACAGACACCCGUCCCUGAGGGUUACCAACUCCUUAUAGAGUCCAUGGCUAGUGCUUCUUAAGCCACACCGAAAAAAAUGUGCCACUGCAAUAGACAGGAUUUCUCUUAUAAUGUUGUAUGCAUUGCACAUUUGCUGAUGUAACUAAAAUCAAACAAUACAUGGCUUUUCAAUCCAACAACAUUUAUUCAGUUUUAUUAAGAUUUUCAUGUAUU